UACCUAUUGUACCGCUUCCAUUCACCUGUUGCAAUACGGUGCAGGACGGUACAUUUGCCGGUGGUGUCGUUAUGUUAACGCGACCGGACUAGAAAUUUUCUUGCUGCUCUUAUUUUGCUGACAAAGUUUAGACAUGGAACAUUCGUAUAUAGUUCGGGACUAGCUUCCAUAGGAGCUAAAUGCGAUAGAGGAACUCUUGAUAAUGCUCCGUUUUGUGAAAAUGCUACGGACCACCACUGCACGACGUACCAUGGCUCGUGUACCGUUAUCUUUAAUCCGUUUACUGAGUCAAUAAAGAUCACUUCGAAAGUUCGGUUGUCUCCCAGCAACCCUACGCUCUUAGUGAGCUUCUACGAGCACUUCGUACUUUGUGUACGGGCUAGGUACGGGGUCGGGGCUUAUUCAUUCCGCUUCGCCUCGCUUGUUACUCACGUCACUACUCCGACGAAGGUGAUUUAAAGCUGGCUGUCCAGCUGAGCUGACUGAGAGUCUAACGAGUAACGCUUUGCAACUCUUGGAUAUUGGUUUCAAUACUUGAAAGUUAAUCAUGAGGAGGUGACACUUAGAUUGAUAAUAAUUAAUUGACUUUGGAAUCCAGCAUCGAUCUACAUCACGGCAAUUUUGCCCGAAAAUCUUUUAACUCCCAUAAUUGUGUGCAGCAAACUAACCAGACGAACAAGUUAUGGGGAGUAACGUUAAAAUGAAAGAGAUCUCACCAAGGCACUUCCCAGCCCAGCCCAAUGAAUUUGAACUUCAGUAUCGGCCUAAUGUUAUAAGUCACCUGCCUCCGCUCAGUGCACAUCAGCCGGCAUAUAGUGACAAACCUAAGAUAGUUCAGCCAGGAGCAUUCACAAGAGCUGCUCCAACCAAAGAAGUCAAACAUAGUCGCCGAGUCAGUGAUGCUAUUGCUAAUAACUACACUCCAUCAGCCCGCAAUCUGACAUCUUCAUACAUUUAUGAGAUUCUACGCAGACAUGAUCGUCCACAGAUUCGGAAUGGCAAAAGAUCACCAUCUCCAAAUCACAGAGGUACUUCUCCAUCACAUAGAUCAUAUCAUAUGCAAUCAUCUACUUUGGACCAUAGGAGAUCACCUGAUAAAUCUACCACUCAUGGCACUCCUUCACCAAGAAAAAGUCCAAGAUCAUCGCAUCAAUCCUAUGCUGAGUAUAAGAAGAGUAGGAGUCAAACAUCAGUCCACAACAAUGGAAUAACACUGGUCCAAAGCUUUCAUUCUAAUGGUCCAUCAGCCAGUAGGAGUCGUCUUCCACCUAUAAACACCCCUCCAACUAGUCCAAGGGACCAUGUAGACAGUGCAUUUAAUGGACAUGAUAGGACUAGACCAUUUAGUAGCAGGGAGGGUAAACCCAUGAGGCAAACCUCUAGUAGCGGUAGUGAUCCUAUUUUUCCUGAUAGUGGUAAUGGAUCCUUAAAUGCAAUACAUUCAUCACCAACACCAGUUAAUGAUGUUCCGAUACUUAAUCUUCGAUCUGUGACAAAUACAAGUUCAGAUAGCAGUCUUGAUGGUCUAGACCUUCCUCCAUCUAUGCGUGACUAUGAUUUAGAGAUGGAAGCCGUUAUGAGUGUUAAAUUCCCAGGGUAUACUUACUCAACUCAUGGCUUAUCAAGACCCCCUACUCCAGACCAACAGGAUGUAGUUAGAUAUUAUGGUUUGCUUGAAGGUUCCAUAGAAGAUUCUUCAGUAGCACCCCUAGAGACAGAAUGGAUCAAAGCAAUGUAUAACUUUCUUCCUGCUAGAUUAAAGACAGAACAUCUUAAGAAGUGCAUGAAAGAAGUCACAGAGGAGGCAAGAUCUGUUUAUACAGAAAGCAUGAAGAAGGGUAUUUUGGACUAUAUCCUGAAAGACCCAAUAGAACAAGAGAGACUUGGUAUCCCCAUGCCAACCAAACAUUCUAAUUCAGCUGGUAGAGAGUGGUAUCCAUGGAGUGAUGCUGUAGAUGAUGCAAGGAAAUCCAUGGAGAAUUAUCUUUAUAUCACCCAUCCUAUCAUGACUACUAUACUGUACAAGUGGCAGACACAAUAUGCUCAUCUUAGGAUGUUAGAUAGGCUUGGUAUAGAAGAGAUAAUGCCCCUGACUCCUGAGGCUUUCCUAUAUCAUAUCAAGAAUACUACCAAACAAACAAGAGAGAUCUUAAUCAAUGAUUGGCUGGAGGAAUGUGCCAAUAUGAUUGAUGAUGAACGAGAUGAGAUUGAAAGAUGGAUGCCAGAGAGUUCAGAUGGUAGAAUGGCUCAGAUGGAUCAUUUCUUCAGGUCUGUUUCUACACUGAUGUCACUGUGCUUGAGGAGUUGUGUAGAGAAGUCUAUUCAUGAUCUUGUAGAAUGGUUUCAACAGUAUGAUGCUGGAAACUAUUAUGAUUGUGAUUACAAUGAUUCUGACCUUAGCCUUCCAACCAUACCACAGCCUCUCAAGAUCUCCAUGGGUCCUGAGAUGUCUAAGGUAUCCUGUAAAUUCACCCCAGACAUCAAUGGUGUUGUUGACAUCAUCCAUCAAUGUAUCCAAUGCAUGGUAGAUGGUGUGAAGGGAAUCCAUAGGGUUGAGAAUCAUCUCUUCCAUCGUGUAGAUGCUAUGGCCAUUACUCAUAUUCCUACUGUCAGAGAUGAUGAGGAGGUCAUUGGGAGGGCAAAAGAGCAGGUCAAAGAGGUCAUCUUACAUAACUAUCAUGGUCCAGUCAGGUUUAAGAUGGUGUAUGCUCCAUAUGCCUACCUGUUGAAAUCCUCCUCUGAUUCACAGGUUGAGAAGUUUGUAAGUAAAGACCAACACUUGAGGGACUAUGUCAGAGAGAUUGAGAAACUCAAGAAGAUGGCUGCUGAAGUAGGUCUUUUCCCUCUCAAUGUUCCCAUGCAUCUCUUCCAGUUGGAUUGCACAGAUAUCAAUAGUUGGCUGAUUCUGAGAUCAAGAGAUUUAGCUGACAUCAUGAUAACAAACAUCAUUGAUACAAGUCGAUUGUUCAACCGUGCAAUAUGUGGUCAAUAUGAUCAGAUUGUAAGAAGAAUUACCACUCAGUCAGAGACUACCACUCAGUUAGUCAAACUUCAGGAAUAUGUAGACAGGCUGACCACUGGAGAACUACUACAACUCAAGAAAAAGCUUGAAGUAGCUGCAGGAAACCUGAUCUUUCUAAUGGACUACGCAUACUUGAACAAAGAUGAUCUGAUGCUGAAUGACCAAACAUUCACUUGGCCAGAUAGAAUCAUGCCUAUCAUCAGAAACAGUGAGAUGAAGCUUCAGAAAGAGCAUGACUAUGCUGUAUCUAAGCUUAAUGAUUGGCAGAAGAAGUUUGCUGUUCGUAUCAAGGAUGUUAUGGAUCAAGUGAAAGCAUUUAGAACCAAGGAUCGCAUGUCAGAAGCACAGGAUUACCUGGAUAAACUGAUUGAUAUCCAGCUCAAACUAGAUGAUUUCUAUGCUGAGAAAGGAGCUGUGAACCAGGAGCAGAAGUUACUUGAUGUUGGUCAUAUCAGCCCUUACCCUGAACUAGAUCAGAUCAAGGAGAAGAAAGAACCAUAUGAUAAACUAUGGAAUGCUGCAGUCAAGUUCCAUCAUAUGUAUGAUAAAUGGAUGAAUGGACCAUUGCUAGAUGUUAAUGCUGAAGUGGUUGAAGAUGAGGUACAGAACAUGUGGCGUACCAGUUACAAGCUGACCAAGGUAUUUGCACACCCUGACAUGAUGGGACCAAUGAGGGCAGCAACCACUAUCAAAGCAAAGUUAGAGAAAUUCAAGAUCAACAUGCCUCUUAUUAAUGCUCUUUGCAAUCCUGGUAUCAAACAGAGACAUUGGGAUAUGAUGAGUGAAAAGGUUGGUUUCAACAUGACCCCUCAAGAUGAUACACCUUUGGUUGAAAUGCUUCAGAUGGGAUUAGAGAAAUACUUAGAGGAUCUAUCAGAGAUAAGCUCUCAAGCUAGCAAGGAAUAUGCCAUGGAGAAGGCUUUGUCUAAGAUGAAGAGUGAUUGGGAGGCAGUACACUUUAGCUUCACAGGAUACAAGGACACUAACCUCUCAAUAUUAGGAGCACCAGAUGAUGUACAAGUAUUGAUUGAAGAUCAUGUAGUUAAGACAGCUACAAUGAGAGGAUCACCAUUUAUUGCUCCAUUUGAGGCUGAACUGAAAGAAUGGGAAAUAAGACUGCAUCGUAUUAAAGACAUCUUGGAUUCAUGGCUGAAGGUACAAGCAGCUUGGUUAUACCUUGAACCUAUCUUUGGCUCAGAGGACAUCAGGAGACAGAUACCUGUUGAAGGAGAAAUGUUUACUACUGUAGAUGGACAUUGGAGAGAGAUCAUGCACACAUCAGUGAAGAACACUUUGGCUUUAGUAGUGACCUCUCAGAAGGACAUGUUAGAGAAUCUUCAACAUUCUGAGGGACUCCUUGACACCAUUCAGAAGGGUCUCAAUGACUACCUAGAGAAAAAGAGGCUGUUCUUUCCAAGGUUCUUCUUCCUAUCAAAUGAUGAGCUUCUGGAGAUACUAUCAGAGACCAAAGAUCCUCUCAGGGUACAACCUCAUCUUAAGAAAUGUUUUGAAGGUAUUGCUCAGCUGACCUUCACACCAGAGAAAGAGAUCAUUGCUAUGGAAUCAGCUGAGAAUGAGAGUGUAGAGCUUUGUUCUCGUAUCAUCCCUGCUGAUGCUCAUGGCCUGGUGGAGAUGUGGCUUAUACAGGUGGAGGACCUUAUGAAGAAGAGUUUAAGAGAUGUGAAUGCCAAGGCAGUCUUAGCUUAUCCAAAGACACCAAGGAAAUCUUGGGUACUCAACUGGCCUGGUCAGAUAGUCAUUGCAGCUAGCUCUAUAUACUGGACAGCUGAAGUCACCAAGGCUAUUUUGGAGAAAGAUGGUCUGAAGAAGUACCUUGCAACCUGUAACCGUCAGAUUGAAGAGAUUGUUGAGCUGGUGAGAGGAAAGCUGACCAAGAUGGCACGUAUCACUUUAGGAGCUCUUACUGUUAUUGAUGUUCAUGCUCGUGAUGUGGUAUCGACCCUGUAUAAUGAGAAGAUAGAGGAUGCUCUUAACUUCCAAUGGAUCAGUCAGUUGAGGUAUUAUUUUGAAGAAGGCAAUGUGAUGGUAAGGAUGAUUACAACCACUGUUCCCUAUGGUUAUGAGUAUCUAGGAAACACUGGAAGACUUGUUAUUACACCACUCACUGAUAGAUGUUACAGGACAUUAAUGGGAGCCUUAUUGUUGAACCUUGGAGGAGCUCCAGAAGGUCCAGCUGGUACUGGUAAAACAGAGACCUGUAAAGAUCUGGCUAAAGCUGUUGCAAAACAGUGUGUAGUAUUCAAUUGUUCUGAUGGUCUGGACUACAAGGCCAUGGGAAAGUUCUUCAAAGGCUUAGCUCAGUCAGGUGCGUGGGCAUGUUUUGAUGAAUUCAACAGGAUAGAGCUGGAGGUUCUGUCAGUAGUAGCCCAGCAGAUCCAGAGCAUUCAGAGAGCUGUAGCAGAGCAGCAAACAACCUUUGUAUUUGAAGGUACUGAGAUCUCAUUGGAUCCAUCUUGUACUAUGUUUAUUACCAUGAAUCCUGGCUAUGCUGGUAGAGCUGAACUACCUGAUAAUCUCAAGGUUUUAUUCCGUACCGUAGCCAUGAUGGUUCCUGAUUAUGCAUUAAUUGCUGAGAUCAGUCUCUACUCCAUGGGCUUUGUUGAUGCUAGAUCUCUAUCUACCAAGAUUGUCGCUACCUACAAACUAUGCUCUGAACAGUUGUCCUCCCAACAUCACUAUGACUACGGUAUGAGAGCAGUGAAGUCUGUCUUGACUGCAGCAGGGAAUCUGAAGCUUAAGUUUCCAGACACAGCUGAAGAUAUUCUUGUGUUGAGAUCAAUCAAAGAUGUCAACCUACCAAAGUUUUUAUCUCAUGACAUCCCGCUGUUUGAAGGCAUCAUCUCGGAUCUCUUCCCUGGAGUAGAGCUUCCUCGUCCUGACUAUGGUGUCCUGGAAGAGGCUCUCAAGACAAAUAUUACCAGACGGAAACUUCAAUAUGUGCCUUGGUUCAUUGAGAAAAUCAUUCAGAUUUAUGAGAUGAUUCUUGUACGUCAUGGUUUGAUGAUAGUAGGUGAUACUAUUGGAGGCAAGACCAGUGCCUUCAAGGUUCUCUCAGAUGCUCUUGGUGAUCUAGAGAAAGAUAAACUCAUGGAUGAACAUAGAGUUGAGUAUCGUAUCAUCAACCCCAAAGCCAUCACAAUGGGUCAGCUAUAUGGCCGAUUUGACCCAGUUUCUCAUGAAUGGUCAGAUGGUGUAUUGGCUAAUACAUUUAGAGAACAUGCCUCUAGUACAUCAAAUAGUAGGAAAUGGUGUAUAUUUGAUGGACCAGUAGAUGCAGUGUGGAUUGAGAAUAUGAACACAGUACUUGAUGAUAAUAAAAAGCUCUGUUUGAUGAGUGGUGAGAUCAUUCAGAUGAGUAAUAAACAAAACAUGAUCUUUGAACCAAAGGAUUUAGAGCAGGCCUCACCAGCUACUGUCAGCAGAUGUGGAAUGAUAUACAUGGAACCAUCUCAGUUAGGUUGGCAACCAUUAGUAGCAUCAUGGAUGGAACAUGAAGUACCUGACUUCAUUACUAAACAGCAGAAAGAAACUAUGGAGAUGUUGUUUGAAUGGUUACUACCACCAUGUUUACACCAUGCUAGUCGUAUCUGUCGUCAGCUUGUUCCUAUGUCUCCUAUGCACAUGACUAUGUCUAUGCUAAGACUCUACAAAUGCCUUCUCACUGAUGUUGGGGCUAUAAAGAGGAGGGAGGAAACUGAAAGUGACGUUGAUGAUCUUGAUGAUGAAGUAGAAGAUGAUCCUGAUGCCUCUCUAUCUGAUCAGAAGCUCCUUGAUGAACGUUCCAAUAUGAUGCUCUGCUAUUUCUUCUUUUCAAUUGUUUGGUCUAUUGGGGUUUCUGUUGAUGGAGCAUUCAGAGAAAACUUCAGUGAGUUCUUCAAGCAGCUCUGUGACAUGGAAACGACUGGGAAGCACCCUCGUCCUAAGGAACUCAAGUUUGCUCGUAACCUGUUGAUUCCCAAGCGAGGUUCAGUCUUUGAUUAUGUCUAUACGAGGAAGACGUUUGGGGCUUGGAAUAGAUGGGAAACCUUUGUUACUCCUACUGAGAUCGCUGAUAAUACUCAGAUAAUGGUGAAUGAACUAAUCAUCAAGACUGUAGAUACAGAACGGCAACUCUUCUUCCUUAAGAAGUUAUUACUUCAAGGUGAGAAGGUUCUGUUUGUUGGUCCAACUGGUACAGGAAAAUCAGCCAUCACCAAUGCCUUCCUUCUAGACUUAGCCAAAGGGGAUUACAUCCCAAAUAAUCUCAACUUCUCAGCUCAAACAUCAGCUAAUCAGACACAAGAUAUCAUCUUGUCUAAGCUUGAUAGGAGAAAGAAAGGUGUGUAUGGUCCUACACCAGGCAAGAAGCUUGUAGUGUUUGUGGAUGAUCUGAAUAUGCCAGCCAAAGAGAAAUAUGGUGCACAGCCUCCUAUAGAACUACUUAGACACUGGGUGGAUCAUGGCUACUGGUUCGACAGGAAAGACACUAGUAUGUUGUUCCUUGAGGAUAUCAUAUUAGUAUCAGCAAUGGGUCCACCAGGAGGAGGUAGGAAUACAGUUACUCCUCGCUUUCUACGUCACUUUAAUAUCAUCACCAUUGACACAUUCAAUGAAGAGACUAUGAAGAAUAUCUUCACUCCACUCCUGGACUGGCACUUCAAUCGAGGUUUUGAGACUAAUCUUAGGAGGUACUCAAGGAUAAUGGUAUAUUCUACCACUGAAAUCUACAUCCAAGCCAUCUCUAGUUUCCUGCCCACCCCAUCCAAGUCUCAUUAUGUCUUCAAUCUACGAGACUUUGCUAGAGUUGUACAAGGUAUCCUUCUAAUCAAGCCUUCAUGCAUGCCAUCAGGACCAGAUGGAGCUAAGAAACUCAUCAGACUUUGGGUUCAUGAGGUCUAUCGUGUCUUCUAUGAUCGCCUAGUUGACGAUGACGACCGUCAGACAUUCUUCACCAUGGUCAAGAGUAUUGUUCAGAGUCAGUUUAAAGAAAAGAUGAACAACAUCUUCACUCAUCUUUCAACCGGAAGAGAGGUUACUGAUACCAAUAUGAGAAGCAGUAGCGCACAUCCCGAAAUACGAGAUGAACAUCUUCGCAGCUUAUUCUUUGGAGAUUAUAUGAGAACCAAAGAUGAUGAGAAGAACUAUGAUGAAAUCACUGAUCUGGAGGGACUCAGAGAGAAUGUUGAGAAGUAUCUAGAGGAAUAUAACCUAAUGACUAAGGCUCCUAUGGAUCUUGUUAUGUUCCGGUUUGCUAUUGAGCAUAUCUCAAGGAUUAGUAGAGUUCUCAAACAACCCAAUGGACAUGCUCUUCUUGUUGGGAUUGGUGGUAGUGGCCGGGCAAGCGCAGCUCGUUUAGCAUCUUUCAUGGCCAUGUAUGAACUAUUCAGUAUUGAGAUUACUAAGAAUUAUACACAAGCUGAUUGGAGAGAUGAUAUUAGGCAGCUGAUGAGGAAAGCAGGAGAUGAAGGUUGUAAUACAGUAUUCUUGUUUGGGGAUCAUCAAAUCAAGGAAGAGUCAUUUCUGGAAGAUAUCAACAUGAUCCUCAAUACUGGUGAUAUACCAAACUUGUUUGAGAAUGAAGAACGUCUUGAGAUUAUUGAGAAGAUGCAACAAGUGUGUGUAGCAGAGAACAUUCAGAUUGAGAUGACACCACUCAACAUGUAUAACAAGUUUAUAGAGAGAAUCAGACGUAACCUUCACGUAGUCCUUGCAUUCAGUCCUAUUGGUGAUGCAUUUAGGAACAGGCUUAGGAUGUUCCCUUCUCUUAUCAACUGCUGCACUAUUGACUGGUUCAAGGCAUGGCCAGAGGAUGCUCUUGAGAUGGUAGCUCAUAAAUUCUUAGAUGAUGUUGAGAUGUCAGAUGAGAUAAGAGCUGAGACUGUUGUCAUGUGUAAACACUUCCAUGAAACCGUCAGAGCUAUGUCAGAUAGGUUUUUCACCAUACUCAGGAGAGCAAACUAUGUGACACCAACUUCAUAUCUAGAGCUCAUCAAGACAUUCAAGACUCUUCUUAAUCGCAAGAGAAUGGAGAUCUUGACUCUUAAAAACAGAUAUAUAGUGGGGCUAGAGAAACUUGAUUUUGCUGCUUCUCAGAUAUCUGUGAUGCAAGAAGAGUUAACAGCCUUACAACCAAAGCUAAUUGAGAACAGUAAAGAGACUGAUAAAUUAAUUGCAAUCGUACAAAAAGAGACCCAAGAGGUUGAUGCUAAGAGACAGAUAGUUGCUGCUGAUGAAGCCGUUGCAAAUGCUGCUGCAAAAGAAGCUCAGGCAAUUAAGGAGGACUGUGAAGCUAAUCUAGCAGUUGCCAUGCCAGCAUUGAAUGCUGCUGUGAAAGCAUUAGAUACUCUCAAGCAACAGGAUAUUACCAUUGUGAAAACAAUGACAAACCCCCCUGCUGGAGUCCGACUGGUGAUGGAAGCAGUGUGUAUCAUGAAGGGGAUAAAAGGAGAAAGAAAAACCAAUGAUCAAGGAAAGCUGUUUGAUGACUACUGGCCUGCUGCUAAAAGAAUGCUUGGGGAUAUGAAAUUUCUAGAGUCACUCAAAGAGUAUGACAAGGACAACAUCCCUUCUGCUAUCACUAAGAAGAUCCGAGAUCAAUACAUAAACAACCCAGACUUUGAUCCAUCUGUAGUCAAGAAGGUCUCCUCAGCAUGUGAAGGACUGUGUAGCUGGGUCAGAGCUGUGGAGGUCUAUGAUAGAGUAGCCAAGGUGGUCGCACCCAAGAGAGCUCGUCUUCAGGAUGCAGAAUCCAAGUUAGAGGAACAACAAGGUCAUCUCAAUGAGAAAAGAGGUGUCUUAAAAGAGAUCAUGGGCAAACUACAAGAUCUCAAUGACCAACUAGCUAGGAAAGAAGGAGAGAAGAAGGAUCUUGAGGAUAAUAUUGAGUUGACAAAGUUGAAAUUGAUCCGAGCUGAAAAAUUGAUUGCUGGAUUAGGAGGAGAGAAAGAUAGAUGGUUACAGUUGACAGAAGAACUAAGUGAGACAUAUAUCAACAUUGUUGGUGAUGUAUUAUUAUCUGCUGGUGUAGUAGCUUACCUUGGACCAUUUACAUUAUCAUUUAGACAGGAAUGUCUAAAGGACUGGUAUGAUAUGUGUGUUGAGAAGGAUAUCCCUGUAUCCAGUGUAUUCUCUCUGUCAGCUACUCUCGGUGAUCCAGUCAAAGUUAGAGAUUGGCAGCUAGCAGGAUUACCAGUCGAUAACUUCUCAACCGACAAUGCUUUGAUAGUGACCAAUGCUAACAGAUGGCCACUCAUGAUUGAUCCUCAAGGUCAAGCUAAUAAAUGGAUUAAGAACAUGGAGAAACCUAACAAACUACAGGUCAUCAAACUAUCUGACCCUACUUACACAAGGACGUUAGAGAAUUGCAUGCAGUUUGGUCAGCCAUGUUUGCUGGAGAAUGUUGGUGAAGAAUUAGACCCAGUUCUGGAACCACUUUUGUUGAAACAAACUUUCAAACAGAAUGGUUUGGACUACAUUCGUCUUGGUGAUAAUGUGGUUGAGUUUAGUCGAGAUUUCAAGUUCUACAUCACAACAAGGUUACGUAAUCCACACUAUCUACCAGAAGUCUCUGUCAAGGUGACAUUAUUGAACUUUAUGAUCACACCCCUUGGCUUAGAAGAUCAGCUUUUGGGUUUAGUUGCAGCCAAAGAGAAGCCAGACUUGGAGGAGAAAAAAAAUCAACUUAUUAUUGAGAGUGCUAAGAACAAGAAACAACUCAAAGAGAUUGAAGACAAGAUCCUUGAGGUCUUAUCUUCAUCUCAAGGGAACAUCUUAGAAGAUGAAACAGCCAUUGAGAUUCUGUCAUCAUCAAAGGUCCUAUCUAAAGAGAUCUCAGAGAAACAAGAGAUUGCUAGCAAGACAGAGACUGAAAUUGAUGAAACAAGAGAUGGAUAUAAACCUGUUGCCAAGCAUUCAUCAAUCCUGUUCUUCACAAUAUCUGACCUUGCUAACAUUGAGCCGAUGUAUCAGUAUUCAUUAGCUUGGUUCAUCAACCUUUAUCUACAGUCAGUCUAUGACACAAAAGGAAUGAGUCCAGAAAUGCUAGCAGAGAUCCCAUCCAUCAGUCUGAGUGAGCCAUCCAACGAUCUUGAGAGGCGUAUUAAGAGUCUAAAUGAUCAUUUCACAUAUAGCAUCUAUCAGAACGUAUGCCGAUCAUUAUUUGAGAAAGAUAAACUACUCUUCUCAUUCAUACUCUGUAUUGGUAUAGCCAAGGGCAGAGGAGAGAUUGAUGAUAGAGAAUGGAGGUUUCUUCUUACUGGUGGUAUAGCAUUAGAGAAUCCAUUCCCGAAUCCUGCUCCUACCUGGCUCUCUGAUAAGUCAUGGGCUGAAGUAGUUAGAGUGUCACAGUUGGAUGCCUUUGAUGAUUUCAUGCUUAAUUUCAGGAGUAAUAUCUCUGAGUGGAAGAAGUUAUAUGACUCGCCUUCUCCCCACACUGAUAAGAUACCAGAACCUUGGGAACUAUCUCUUAAUGAGAUUGAGAAACUUAUCGUUCUGCGUAUGAUUAGGCCAGAUAAGGUUGUACCAGCUGUCCAAAACUUCAUAAUCAAGGCUAUGGGUCAAGCUUACAUUGAGCCUCCGACCUUUGACCUCGCUAAGAGUUAUGUGGAUUCAUCUUACUUCACUCCUCUCAUCUUUGUGCUUUCUCCUGGUGCUGAUCCAAUGAAUGUUCUAAUGAAGUUUGCAGUAGAAAAAGGUUUCCUGAAGCCGCCAAAGCAAGACUCAAUGUCGAUCAAAUCCAACAUGAGUCGCGCAACAAGCAGUCUUGAGCUGCUUGCUCAGAGGAAGACACCAGAUGCUGCUACACUUCUUGAAUCAAUGAAUGAAGGUGAUGAAGGUAGUGAAGUGAUGACAGAGGAAAGCGAUACAUCUACUUUACUUCUUCAAACAUCGCAGCAGCUCAGUGGUAGUACAGAGAAUCUAGAGCAUGCGCUGACAUAUCAAAAUCAGCUGCUCCAUGUAUCUCACUCUAACAAUGCCAAAAAAGAUCAUUUGCACCCUUCUAACCUUCAUGGUGAUUUCCAGAAUGAAACCUUUGAGCUUGUAGAAGAUGAUCUGGUUGAUAUCCUCCCUGCUAGACGUGUCCUAUCAGCUAUUCCUGAAGUAGACAGUACUUAUGACUCUGAGGCUGAACAAAACCUUGAUACUCCCUUACCAAGUACCCCAAAUCCAGCGCACGCACCCCACCAAAGCACUGCACCCUCAAACAUCACCCCAUCGUCCCGACACUCUACUCCUUCCCCAAACACCCCCCUGCAUGGUACCCCUUCCCCAAACCCACCUGACCUUAAACCUUUGAGUAAGGAUGAUGAACCAGGCCGCCUCUCUGCAGGUGGAGAUGAUCUAAUGGAGAAAGAGAUGGCAAAUAUUGAGGAUGAUCCUGUAGAAGCAGCUGGACUAGAGUACCUUGCGGACAGACAUCGUCAUAGAAGAAAAUCCAAGAUCUUCCGAUCAUCUCUCGUCCGAUCUCUCAGUAGUAUGGGAGGUAAUGGAAUGCAGACUGUAUCAUUAGGACAAGGACAAGGUCCUAUUGCUGCUAAGAUGAUUAAUGAGGCUGUAGAGAAUGGCACGUGGGUGGUGCUUCAGAACUGUCACUUGGCAUUGUCUUGGUUACCAACCUUAGAAAAGAUCUGUGAGGAACUGAUCACUGACAGUGAGAAAACUCGUCCUUCAUUCCGUCUAUGGUUGACCAGUUACCCAACUCCAUCGUUCCCUGUCUCUAUCCUUCAGAAUGGAAUUAAGAUGACUAAUGAACCUCCCAAGGGUCUAAGGGCUAAUCUUCUUAGAUCAUACCUCAAUGAUCCUAUAUCAGAUCCAGAGUUCUUCAAUGGAUGCUCAAAACCAGAUUUAUGGAAGAAGCUUUUGUUCAGUCUGUGUUUCUUCCAUGCUCUGGUACAAGAGAGAAGACAAUUUGGACCUCUUGGAUGGAAUACACCUUAUGAAUUCAAUGAAUCAGAUUUGCGCAUUAGCGUUAGACAACAGCAGAUGUUUCUGAAUGACUACGAUGUAAUCCCAUUAGAAGCCUUGACAUAUCUGACUGGGGAGUGUAACUACGGUGGUAGAGUUACCGACUAUCAUGAUCGACGUCUGUUGAUCAGUCUUCUAGCAAUCUUCUACAAUGAUCAGAUCAUUGUUGAAGAAGGAUACAGCUUUUCAGAGAGUGGCAACUAUUGCUGUCCUCCUUCAGGGCCUCAUGAAUCAUACACAGAUUAUAUGAAGAGUCUUCCUCUUAUGCCGCAUCCAGAGGUGUUUGGGCUUCAUGAGAAUGCAGAUAUUACCAAGGAUCAGAAAGAAACACAACAACUCUUUGAUGGAAUUCUAUUGACACUGCCACGGCAGAUGUCUGUGGUACAAAAUAAAAAAAGAAAGUCAAAGAAGAAAGCAUCAGGAGGAGGAAAGUCAUCUCAACAAAUCAUUGAAGAUCUGGCUUCAGAUAUUCUAUCCAAGAUCCCUCCAAAUUACAACUUAGAAGAAGUACAGACCAAGUAUCCUGUGCGUUAUGAGGAGUCGAUGAAUACUGUGCUGGUUCAGGAGUUAAUCCGUUUCAAUCGCUUGAUUGAAGUAGUGAGGUCUAGUCUUCAGGAUAUCCGCAAGGCCAUGAAAGGAUUAGUUGUAAUGUCUGCUGAGCUUGAAGAUGUAUUUGAUAGUAUGAUGGUUGGUAAGGUACCUGGUAUGUGGGCAGCCAAGUCUUACCCAUCCUUGAAACCUCUUGGUAGCUACAUCACUGAUCUCCUGGCAAGACUACAGUUCUUCAAAGACUGGAUACGUGAUGGGAUGCCUACAGUGUUCUGGUUAUCAGGUUUCUACUUCACGCAUUCAUUUCUUACUGGAACCAUGCAGAACUUUGCUAGACGAUACAAGAUACCAAUUGAUCAGCUACUACUUGAUUUUGAGGUCAUGAAGAAAGAGAAUAGUAUGGAUUCCAAACCAGUUGAUGGAGUAUAUGUGACUGGUUUGUUCAUUGAAGGAGCUCGUUGGGAUAGACCAACCCAUGUCUUAGCUGAAUCACAACCAAAGAUACUCUAUGAUACUCUUCCUGUUAUAUGGAUUAAACCUAUCGAGAAGUCAAAUGUUAAGAAUACCCAGUCCUAUUCAUGUCCAGUUUACAAAACAAGUGUCCGACGAGGAACGCUGUCUACUACUGGGCACUCUACUAACUUUGUUCUGGAGAUACAGCUCCCAUCAUCUCAUACUCCAAACCAUUGGAUUAACAGAGGCGUGGCUAUGCUCUGUCAGCUUGAUAACUAGUUCAAAAGGGAAGUGGUUAUGCUAACUUAAACUAGAUGAACUAGGAUGUUGCCAAUUUAACCAACCUGAUAACUAGAACAACUGAGGUUUGUCCAGGUUCUGUCAACUUAACAGCCAGAUCCAAAGAAUGUAGUAGUUCUCAGACAACUUUUCUUCAAAACUCAUCAACAAAGCAAUACCCUCAUUUUACAAAAUACCAUAACUUUGAAAGAGAAAAAAGUUUUGACUAGAACAAUGAGCCAGGAACCCAUUUUGUGUGAAAACGAGGUCUUUGCCUUUGAAAGCUUACAUGUAGCUGUUGAUCAUAUGGCUCAUAUGAUAUAAUUGAUUAGUAUGUUCAGUCAAGUGUAAAAUUCUUUGCUCGUUUGGCCCAAUCAGCUGAGAUAUUCAGAAAUGAGCACCAGACAGGUGAAUUUGUCACUUAUAUAAGAAAUAGGAUUAUUUGGAGGAUCUAUGAUAAAGUUUUUGACAAAUUCUCAAAUUGUGUGCAUGUACACCUUGAAAUAUUUUUAUUGUUCAUGAAAGCAAUGAAGUCUAUUGAAAAAAUGGUUGACAUUUUUUCAUCCAAAUGAUUUAUCACAUGUUUGAGAGUAAAAGGUAUAGUUAUGUAUUUUUAGUGAGCACACUUUGUAGAUUAAGCAAUAAAAGCUAUUUUCUGAUAUUUCAGUACAAGAAAUACCACCUGUGACCAUUGAAAAGUAAAAAUUUUGGCUACGAUGCUCAUUCACAUGUAACAUAGGCAAUCAUAUUCUUUAUUUUCAUAUAGAAGUUAAACAGUGAUUAAUUUACAGAAGUAGGAUCAUAGUUACAUAGUUUACUACGAGAUGUACUUCUGAAAGCAUUGUUUCUGCAUUUUUUAAGACUGAAAGUAGCAAGUAUCAUUUGAGAGUUUAAUGUAGAUUUUGACAUGUACAGAGAAUGCUAUGCAAUAUUAUUGUGUCUUUAGGGAUAUCAUUUAUAUAGUCCGUCCAAUGACUGAUGAAAUAUAUCCAGAAUGAUGUUCAAACAAGACACAGUUUAUCUGUGUUAAGCUUGUCUGUAUAUCUUGAAAAGAAAAAGCAACUGAGUUACAAAAUUUAAAUUAUAUUGCAAGUAAAUGUGGCAGUCGUGCAUGUGCACUAUACUGUUACAAUCUCCUAUUCAAUAACAAAUUUUGUACAGGAGCCUAUGGGAUAUUUGUCAGAUUUCGGUACUUUUUAGGGGUACGCUCUGAUACUACAUGGCAAUUGAUGCACACCAAAAUAUGCAUUUUUUAAGCAAUGCUAAAAUGCUCUAUAUAGAUAAUGUAGAAUGCUGCAUAAUUUCUAGGCAUAUAAUUCAUUUCAAUAAAUUAUACAUUGCUCUAUACAAUCAUAUUUCAUGUUUUCUGCAAACUUAUUUUAAUCUUUGCAUUAAAAGUUAGAAUGAAUAAAGGCAACUCACAAUGAAUUCUUUAAACAGAUUUGCAGUUGGAUGAUUAGUUUUAUACAUGUAAAUAUAUUUACUUUUAAAUAAACUUUAGAAAUAAAUAUCUUUAUUUUUUCUGUUAACUUAUUUUUAUGUAUAUGUAUUGUGAAAAAAAUCAUGUAUGUAUAAAUAAUUAUUCUCAUUGAUGCAGAAAGAAUGUGAUGUGAAUUCUACGAACAAAUUGUCAGAGUAACUUAUAGUAUUCAGGUCAGUUCAGUUUACAUCAUUACAUUUUGCAUACUUUCAUUCAAAUGUUGAAAUCAUUAAACCAGAAAUAUAGCUGAAAAUUAGAUUCAAAUUGAAGUUUAUGUUGAGGAUCUCAACCCUUUCCAUCUCUGGCCUUUUUGUGCUGUUCUGUGAUUCAACCCCCAUCCUCCCUCCCUGAGAUCUCAGCCACCAAUUGGGUGAAUGCUACAAAAAUUUGCAUGAUGGUAGUAUGUGAUAUUUAUGUUGAUUUUUUUCCAAAAUAAUUGGAUUUUGUUUUAUAUUAUAUACUUAUCUGUGCAUAAAAUAUACAUGUACUUGUUGCUCCACUUCACUGAAUAAAUUCAAUACACUGUAAAUGCAAUUUAUUGAAGUAAAUAUUUCUCCAGUAUUCCAAACAAUUGUUUUGCAAAAAUCUUUGGUUUGAAAAUCAAUUUCCUAUAUUUUAUUUCCUUUGUACCUUCUAUUUUCCUUCAUUCCUUUGGUAAUGUUGCAUAAUUUCCAAGGAACCAGGUACCCAAGUGACGCAAAUUUGUUCUUGACAGAUGUAUGAGACUUUAAGGGUUCAGAG